ACAGCAGGCUGGGAAGAGUGAGAGAGAGAGGCAGACAGCAGGCUGGGAAGAGUGAGAGAGAGAGGCAGACAGCAGGCUGGGAAGAGUGAGAGAGAGAGGCAGACAGCGACAACGAACACAUCAAACUUUUUGACAAGCUCCAGCAAACCUUCCCCACCUCAGACAUGGCAACAUCUCCCUUCAGACCAGCCGCCCUACCUGAUGCCUCCCUCCCCACCUCUCUCAAGACAUGGCAGACAGAUCCGAUCUUUGGACCCUUCAGAUCAGCAACACCUUUUUUUGCUUCUCUUCAAACGCCUGACCGAGUAAAUCUCCGGCGAAGUUCCGCCACCUCAGACUCAACCACAGCUUCCUUCAGAUCAGCCACAACUUCUGAUGCUCCUCUACCGGACAUACCUGUACCCAUCUCCCACCUCAUCAGCUGUUCCAUCUGCAUGGAUGUGCUGGGGCACCCCGUCACCACCAACUGUGGCCACACCUUCUGUAAGCCUUGCCUGGAGCGCCACCUGACCCUCAACGACCUGGUAUGCCCUCUGUGCAAAGAGUACCUGCCAAUGAGGCCGGGCGUGAAUAUUGUACUGAAAUCUAUUCUGGAGGAGUACAACAAAGCCCAGAAGAGUCCAGAGGAGUUCGCUUUGGCACCAGACGAGGUAGCUUGCGACAUCUGCCCUGAGAAUCGCAAACGUAAAGCAGUGAAAUCCUGCCUGAUGUGUCUGCUGUCGUACUGCACUCGCCAUCUGAAAAGACACCAGAACAAGCUGCGACUGAAGGGCCACAAGCUGGUGGCUCCGGUUGAGAAGCUGGACGAACGGGCAUGCUUGGCCCAUGGCCGGCCUCUGGAGCUCUACUUGGCCAAAGAAGACAAGUGCAUCUGCAGCCUGUGUGUGGAGGAAGCCACAGAGGUGGUGUCUGUGGAAACUGAAAGAGGCAGGAGGGAGAGAGAGCUGGGCGAUGUUAUCCAAGACAUGGAACAGAGAAUACAGCAGAGGGAGGAGAAAUUGAAGGAGUUUGAACAUUCAAAAGCAAACUGUCUGGCUUUGAUUGAUCGCGAGCAGGAGGAGAUAAAAGAGGUGUUUGAUGCUGUGAGGGAGGUGGUGGCCAGAGCAGAGGAGGAGGCGCUGAGCGCUCUGAAGGAGAAGAGGAGGAGUGUGGAGAACGAGGAGAAACAGUUCAAACAAGAGCUGCAGAGAGAGGUCAUUACGUUCUCUAAGGCCAUCACUGACCUGAAGAAGAUCACAGAGGAAGAAGACCACAUCCUCUUCCUACAGAGUUAUCCCUCUGUCCCAGCGCCAGACAAUGGAAAAGACUGGACUAAUGUUGCCAUGAAUACAGACUUGACUUUUGGCACCUUGAGGAACACACGGACAACCAUGAUGUCUGAUAUUGAGACUGAGUUGGAGAAACUCUCCAAUAUUGAAAUUGAGAGGAUUAAGAAGUUUGCAGUGGAUGUGACUCUGGAUCCAGACACUGCUCAUGCUCAGCUACUGGUUUCUGAUGACGGCAAAGAAGUGAAAGACUCUGGAGAAGGGAAGGAUGUUCCUGACAUUGCUGAGAGGUUUGAUAUGUUCGGCAGUGUCUUGGGCCAGAACCGGCUGAACAAGGGCAAGGCCUUCUGGGUAGUGGAUGUUGGGAACAAACAAGGGUGGGAUAUUGGGGUGGCAAGAAAUGAGGUCAAAAGAAAGGGGAAAUUGUCCCUCAAACCAAGCCAAGGCUACUGGGCCAUUGUGCUUUACAAUGGGGAUCAGUAUGCAGCUCUGGAAGACCCGCCGACUCUGCUCUAUCUCCCAGACAAGCCCCAGAAAGUGGGAGUGUUCAUGGACUACGAGGAGGGGCUGGUCUCCUUCUAUGAUAUGGAAGCCAAAACUCACAUUUACUCAUUCACUGACUGUGUGUUCAAUGAAGUGAUUCGUCCCUACUUUAGCCCUCACUUUUGUCAGGGUGGUGAUAACUCAAGCCCACUGGUCAUUUGCCCUGUAGAUCACAGUGACUGACUUCUCUAAUUAAUUGUACAGGCAAGUUUAGACUGUAAAGUUACAGUGAUGUGAAAAAGUUUGGGUUUCAUGCUGAUUUUCUAAGUAAAAAUAGGUUAACACAAUAACAAUAGAGAAUACACUGAAAUAUUGCAUUUUUCCAGUAAUUUUAGGGCACAAUUUCUGUUUAUUUGCUAGUUUUACCAUAUUGAAAACAACAAUAUACAUAAUAAACACUUUUUAUGUUUAA